AUGGUUAGUCAAUACCACGGGUUAAUUUGUAGCUUAAUUUUGCGAGGUCAUUGUAGCUUGCUAUUCAUCGUGAUAAGCUCCCUAGUUAAUCAUUUGAGUAUGCCUAGGCGGGAAACACGGUUGGGUAUAGUUUACAUCGAGAAUGACCAAGAGCGCCAGACCACCUUCUCCAAGAGGCGUAGUGGUCUGUACAAACGUGCCAGUGACCUCUAUGCCCUAACAGGCGCAAGGGUUGUUGUCACCCUAGAAAAGGACAACGGAAAGAUGUACUCAUUUGGGACGCCAUCAGCGGAUCCAAUUAUUGAUGCCUUCCUAUCAGAAGGUCCACCUAUCGAGCCAUUCAUCGAUGAGGUGACGAAUGCUAGGAUUGCAUCACUGCAGAGGGAGGUGGAUCGGUUGGAGACAAAUAAUGCGAGGGAGGAGAAGAGAGAAAAACUCUCCCUCCAAAAUAUCAAGGAAAUCAAAGAUGAGAACCCAGGUAUGAUAGCAAACUAUAUAUUUUCCAAGGAAGAAGAUCUCAGUCUUGAAGAUCUGAAAAGCCUCUUUAAUGAGCUCAUGCGGAUCAAAGUGGACAUUACAGAUCGAGCUGCUCUGUACGUGCCGGACAAUAUCCAGAGCGCGCUCUAUGACAUGUCGCUGACGCUCCUAGUGCGCUGCUGCGUUCCAUCACAAACGCUCGUACGACUAAGUGUCCAAGCUGGUUCUUAG